AUGAAGUUCCACUUUUUCAAAAUAUGUUCUUUUUUUGUGUUGUCAAUAAGUGUUUGUUAUGCCAUAAGUAUACCUCCUAAUAAGUCUAUUCCAGCAGUGUUUGUUUUUGGAGACUCUAUUGUUGAUACUGGUAACAAUAAUGGCCUUAAAACUAUAGCUAAGGUUAAUUAUCCUCCUUAUGGUCAAGAUUUCAUGGGAGGAAUACCAACUGGAAGGUUUUCUAAUGGAAAAGUCCCGUCAGACUUCCUUGUGGAAGAAUUGGGAAUAAAAGAGCUUUUACCAGCAUAUCUUGAUCCAACUUUACAAGCAGAAGACCUCAUAACAGGAGUUAAUUUUGCUUCAGGAGGCGCAGGAUAUGAUCCUCUAACAUCCGAUCUCGCGAAAGUCAUAUCAUUAAAUGGCCAAUUGAUAUUAUUCAAAGAAUACAUAAUAAAGCUCAAAGAGAUAGUUGGAGAAGAUAGAAAGAAUCAGAUCUUGGCAAAUAGCUUAUACAUGUUGGUCACAGGAGCCAAUGACAUUACCAACACGUAUUUUGGUAUGCCUGUUCGAAAAUCUUACUAUGAUGUUCCAUCAUACGCCGAUCUCUUGGUCAACUUUGCUUCCAGUUUUGUACAGGAUUUAUACAGGCUAGGGGCACGUCGGAUUGGUAUUUUUGGCAUACCACCAAUCGGAUGUUUGCCAUCGCAAAGAACACUGAAAGGAGGAGAAGAAAGACAAUGUGUUGAUUAUUUGAACCAAGCAGCACAAUUGUUCAACAGCAAGUUGGAAGCUUACUCAAGUUCUCAGGGAAACAAAUUACCUAACUCAAGAUUGGUGUAUGUAGAUACAUACAAUGUUCUACUUGAUGUCAUCAACAACCCUCAAAGAUAUGGAUUCAAGAUUGCAGACAAGGGAUGCUGCGGGACGGGGAAAAUAGAAGUUGCAGAGUUAUGCACAUAUACAUGUUCCAGUGAUUCUGAUUAUAUUUUUUGGGAUAGUUUUCAUCUUACAGAGAAAGCAUACAGACUUUUAGUUCAUCAAAUUCUUGUCCAACAUUUAAUGGAUCAAGAAUUUGUUGUGACUGGAUCCUUCAAAUUGUUUGUCUGUAUAGCUGUAGAAACAAAGUUCAACAUGAGCCAGUAUGAAGGAUUUUUCGCCUUGACAAUUGCAGCGAAACCAAAAAGGCAGGGCAGGACAUGGAAGGUCCCUGAGAGUAUGUUGAGGCGUGGCCGUUCCUAUCCAAAGACAACCUCCUUUGUGUCAUUUCCAGGCCAAGCCGCGAGAAUGUGCUUGUGUUUUUUUUUCUUCCAUGCUCCAAGAAUGUUUUCAGCUUUAUCAAUGAAGUUCUUCUCGUUUGAAAUACAUACUUUUCUAGUGUUGUCAAGCAUUUGUUAUGCACUUCUACUGUGCAAUGUCCAGGCAGUCGUAAGUGCAGCGCGUAAUAAGUCUUUUCCAGCAGUGAUAGUUUUUGGAGACUCCAUUGUUGAUACCGGUAACAAUAACGGCCUCACAACCUUAGGGAAAGUUAACUAUCCUCCUUAUGGGAAGGAUUUCAUGGGAGCAAAACCAACUGGAAGAUUCUCUAAUGGAAAAGUUCCUCCAGACUUGAUUGUGGAAGAAUUGGGAAUAAAAGAGCUUUUACCGGCAUAUCUUGAUCCAACUUUACAAGCAGAAGACUUCAUCACAGGUGUUAAUUUUGCUUCAGGAGGUGCAGGAUAUGAUCCUCUAACAUCUGAAAUCGCGAAUGUUAUAUCAUUGUCCGGUCAGUUGGAAAUGUUCAAAGAGUACAUAGUAAAGCUCAAAGAGAUAGUAGGAGAGGACAAAAAGAAUGACAUCUUAGCCAACAGCCUAUUCAUAUUGGUCACAGGAAGCAAUGAUAUUACAAACACAUACUUUAGUACGCCUCUUCGAAAAUCCUACUAUGAUAUUUCAUCAUAUGCUGAUUUUUUGCUCAACUAUGGUUCUAGUUUUGUAAAGGAUUUAUAUGGGCUAGGGGCACGUCGGAUUGGUGUUUUUGGCAUACCACCAAUCGGAUGUUUGCCAUCGCAAAGAACUCUGAAAGGAGGAGAAGAAAGACAAUGUGUUGAUUAUUUGAACCAAGUAGCACAAUUGUUCAACAGCAAGUUGGCAGCUGGCUUAAGUUCUCUGGGAAACAAAUUACCUAAUUCGAGAUUGGUGUAUGUUGACAUAUACAAUCUUCCACUUGAUGUCAUCAACAACCCUCAAAAAUAUGGAUUCAAGAUUGCAAACAAAGGAUGUUGCGGGACAGGGAAAAUAGAAGUUGCAGAGUUAUGCACAUUCGCGUGUUCCAGCGAUUCUGAUUAUGUUUUUUGGGAUAGUUUUCAUCUUACAGAAAAAGCAUACAGACUUUUAGUUCAUAAAAUUCUUGUCCAACAUUUAAGUAGCUUCUUCUGAUAAAUUCACAUUCCAACAUGCAUAUGUGGAUAUACUCUCCACUUUUUUAGAGUCAUUUACCAAUGAAUUAUAACACAUAUAUUUUGUAAUAAAGUAAUAUAUAAUCAAUGAAUUCUUAGUACUUGUCGCCGGA